AUGAGGCCAACAUUUGUCCGCGCAAUCGCGUGCCGCGUCCUGGCACCGCCCCGCCCUGCAGCACGCAUCCUGGCAGCGGCCCAGCGCACGAUUGGCACGACGCGCACGGUGCUGGAUGAAUCCCGGAUUGGCCUGGAGCGCAAGCAGAGGGAUAACGAGAGCAUUGAGAUUUUGCGGCGGCGGCUGCAGUACCAGAUGCGCAAGCGCGGGAUCCUGGAGACCGAUCUCCUGCUGAGCACGUUUGCGGCCGAGCAUUUGAAGUCGCUGACGCGUGAGGAGCUGGCUGAUCUGGAUUCGCUCCUGAGCAACAUCGACUGGGACAUUUUCUACUGGGCGACCGACAAGACGCCUGCGCCCGAACAGGUGGCGAGCAUGGGUGUGUUCCAAAAGCUCCGGGCACACGCAGCCAAGCGUGGUAGCAAGAUUGUGCGCAUGCCUGACCUUGAGGAAAGCAAGUAG